AUGGCGGCGACUGCUACCGCGUCGACCGCCCUGGCCCAAUCGACAGCGGACCCGGACCUCGAGGACAGCAACGUCUCAAGUCCGCUCACCGAAGUUGACGACAAGGACGACAACGAUGAAGAGAUUGAUCGCAUGCAAAUCGAUGCCGACGAUGGCGAUAACUCCAGUCUCAGUGGUGACGAGAACCCAGCUGACGACGACCGCUCCGACUCUGCCAGUGUCCUCUCUGACGCUGGCUCAGACGCCCACUCUGAGGGCAAUGAUACCGAGGCUGAGACGGAGCGCCUCUAUGAUACACCUCGGAAUCAGCGUCAGAAAGAUGUCGUCGUCGACCAAUACAAUCACGGCCAAGUCUUUGAGCACACCCCAAGCAAGCUCCGCCGGACAACCAAGCCCGAGGACAAGGACGAGACUGACGACCACGAAAACGCCGAUCACGAUUCCGCUUCUGGCGAUGCAGGCUCCGGUGCAUCGAGCGCUGAUGAAGCAGACGAUACUCCCACAAAACCCGCGCACAGUUCGAAGACGGUGCAUGACAAGGGCACAGGUCCGGAGUCACAGGUUCGCAAGCGCAAGCGGUCGCCACUGGCAGAUCAAUCCGAGAUAGAACAGCCCCAGAAGAGGAGAAGUGGUUCUCUCAGCGCCUCUUUGGCAGAGAAGCCGCCGCUUAACCUUGUUGAGAAAGCGACCGCCGACGCGAAGAGCGCCGUUCAGUCGGAUGCAGACGAAGAAAACAAUCGCGACACAGGUACCGAGGGAGAAGCGCAAGAACGUUCGUCACGCUCGUCCCGAUCAUCGAGAAAAAGCACUCGAAAUGGCCGGCGCAGUAAGGACGAUCCCAAGGACGAGGAAGACGACACCGGUGCCGAUGCGGCCACGGAAACAGCUGGCGAGGACGCUACAGAUCAUCACGAGGACGAGGCUGAACCCGAAGUCGGUGAAGAAGACGAGGCCGACAUCGCGGCGAAAAACCAAGAAGAGAUGGAGCGAAAACGAGCAGCGUUUAAAGAAUGGUCCCAUAUCGAAACAAUGUUUGGCAUCUUUAGAGAUAGACUUUACACGGAAAAGCUCCGGCGCGUUGAGGAGGAAGAGCAGUCUCUACUUGCCGACGUACCGACCCAUCGUGAAUAUCUCAACAUGAAACAAUGUCUCGACGACCGACUCAAUCAAAGGCUGCAAGAAGUCAAUACCGAGUUUGACCUCCAGCUCAGGGCGAAUGAACGAGCGGCCGUGGCGCAGCGAGCCCAAAUAUGGAGCCAGUUUUACCAGGCCGUCCGAGAAAAGCGAGAGCAGACUCUGGAAAGCCUAAAUAAGCAGUGGUAUGACGUUCAAGCGGCCAGACGGAAUGCCCACAGUCUUCAAGAUUACGGCCUUCUUUUCCCCAAAGACCCUACACAGAGGCUUCGAAAUGCUAUUGCCUACAACAGCGAGGUGUCCACUCUGUCAGGGAUGGCCAAGUACGAGGGCUUUCCAGCCGGCCCAGACAUGAAGGGGGCUUCCGCUCUCGAGCUCAAGUCGGAUUUCAGCGCAAUAGAGCGAAGCAGGCGAGGCCGCCAAAAGCCCAAUAAUACCUUUCAGCAGAGGGACGAUUAUCACUCACCGAAUAUCAACCACAUAGGACCCGCUGGGGAACAGUUUCUCAAAGAUACACCAUGGGCGAAUCCGAACCACUCAGCACACAAGAUGGCGCGGCAAGGACCAACACAUGAAGAGAACCGCGCUGUUCCCCAGGGCCCAAUCUUUCAAAACGAGAACCCGCCGCCGUCAUUGAAAAGCGCAGCACUUUCGGCACGGCUUUCAGAGUCACCAGAACUGUCACGGUCAAUACUGAAACCCCCACCGCACCAGAUGAAGCGCGUGGCCAGCGUGCCGAGCGCCAACAGGACCCCCAAGGCAACUGCAGUUUGA